AUGGUUUUUAAUUACGUUUCAGGUUCAGCACUUAUGCAGAUCGUCGAGGUUUACAAGGAAAUCCAAUCACAGCAGCUAAAUAUCCUGAAAGCGUUUUAUGUGGAUUUGCUAUUGCCGCUGGAGACAAAUCUCGAAAAGGAUACCAAAGUUGUACAGUCCGAACAAAAACGAUUUUUGCAACAACAUAAACAAAGAUCCGAAAGUUAUAGCAAGGCUGCAUCAGCUAUGAAAAAGUGCCGUAAAAAGCAUAAGGUUGGACCCAAAGCAGGAUUGGCCAUGGAUAAAGAAAUUAAGACUAUGCAAAUCCUAGAAGAAGAAAAAUCUAAAUUGGAUAACUUUUGCGAACAAAGUUUGAAAAAUGCCAUGACACAAGAGAGACGUAGAUAUGGUUUCGUGUUAGAAAGACAGUGUUCGUUGGUUAAACACUGUCUAGCGUAUCAUACCAACACCCAGUCAAUGUACGAUGAACAUCUUAAUGAUUGGCUCGAAGUGGCUAAGUCUCGAGAACGAUUGCCAGACUCUGUUGAAACUAUGUUUGCAACAAAACUUCGACAAGUAAGCUUCUGGCUGGAUGAUGAUGUUAGCUCUCCACGAAUCGACGAUGAUAGGAUUUCGAUGUCAUCACAAUUGAGAAAAACGAAAUCAAUGGAUGCGUCUUGCUUGGAUGUUCGAGCCAUGAACGAUAUAUCUAGUCCGGUUUUAAAUUAUCCGCUUUCUAGAGCCAAAUCAGAUUUCAAUUUGAACGCAUCAUCGCAGUCUCUGAACAGAAUGGAGAACGGGUCGAGUCCGGGAAAUAAUGGAUCCAGACCAAAGUCGAUGGCAGUAGUUGAUAACGGAUGGGAAUCUCAGGGUGCAAAUCUUGUACAAGCAACACAUGCUUAUCUGUCGAGUGGUGAAAAUCAACUAAGCUUCCACGAAGGAGACACAAUCGCUAUAUCAGGGGAACGAAACAAAGGAUGGCAAUUUGGAGAGAAUUUACGUACUCAGUGUAGUGGUUGGUUCCCGUUAACGUAUACCGAACCCGUAAUGGAAGACUCAGUCUUUUCGGACUCGCCAUCAUCAUAUCGACGAAAGGAUUCCGUGGGCCAGUCCACUGUCUCGAACCACAACAGAAGUGAAUCAGCAACCAUCGGCAAACAAAACCGUUAUCAAACUACAACACUUACAAGAUUCGGUGAUUCUUUGUCUCACAGAAAUCCAUAUCCGGCACGGUCCAGGGCGAACAGUAGAUCGAAUGGUUACGGGAUCAACUCGCACGGGCCUCCGCCUCCGUCCGUUCCUGCUCCAGUAGUGCCUCGUCAGUAUGGAGGGCACAUACCACCCCCGGUCGCCUUUUUCCCACCACCACCCCAGACAUUGCCACCUGCACCAGGAAAACCAAUCGCGAUCGACAAGAGAACCGGUGGAGUUCACCACCAACAUGGUAACGCGAGCUUACACAGCAGCAACGACAGCGGUUUCAGUAACGAUCCGCCACCGGCUCCCGAAAUUGACUAUUCGGAUGACGAAAACGCGAGAACGAUCAAAGAUCCGAAGAAGGACGCUCGUUCCAAACAAGCUGCGUCUUACAGCAGGUCACCCGAAGAGGACCGCGGUUACCAUCGUCCAGGUCAUCAUCACAGCCAGACGUUGACGAUGACGAUGGGCGGCCGACAGUCAUCGGGAACGAUGAAGUCGUCGUACAACGGCGGUGGUGGCGGCAUGAACACUGGCAGGCGGAACACCGGCACGUCGUCUAUGCGGCAGAGCACAAGCGUCGGCCACCUGUCGUCGUUUGGGGACGAUGGAAACUCGCUGUCCAGGCAGGUGAAUUCUGCGUACGAUAACGAAGACGACGACGGGACCACCAUGCAGGGCAAGAAGAUCAAGAGGACAAAGUCCAUGUGGAAGUUCAAAAAGUCCGGUUCGAGCGAUGAAGUGCUGUUGACCGGCAUGUCCAUGUGGAAGCAUAGGUCACUGGUGGACGUGAACGCCGCGGACGCGGAGGAGCAGCAGCAGCUGCAGCACAACAACAGUUACAACAACAAAUCGUCGGCGGGCACACCGGUCGCCAACAAGAAGUUUACGGUAGCGUCGCGGGACAUCGACAUAGCCGCGGACGACGACGACAGCCAAACGAUAAUGAACGGUGGCGUGGGCGGCGGGUCGUCGACGGUGCGGCGGAUGACAUACGACAACCGUAAACAGCAGCCGCAGCAACAGCAACCUCUGCAGCAGCAGCAUCGGAGCAGGAGAUCGUCCUCGUCGAGUUUCGGCGGCGACGACUCCGAGUCGUGCAUCGUGGUGGACGAUCACUUGAAGGACGUCAGAUCGGCACCACCACCUCCCGCCAGCCUGUUGCCCAGGACCCGAUUGAUCAAGCAGACGGCCGGGAAAGACGGUCAAGGGAACGGUGGCAUGCAGCCGCAAUCCGCGGCCGCGCACCAACACCACCACCACCAUCACCACAACCAGCAACCGGCCACCAUGAUGAUGAUGAUGCCGCCACCUCCACCGCCGCCUCCCGCUGUCCGGACCGCGACGGCGGACGACGGGUACGCUCCACACGACUCGGACGCGGACGUCCGGUUCGAGAGCUCCAAACUGCAGACUUUCAAGUACAUCAACGCGACGCACAACGACGGCUGGUACGACUCGUGGGGAGAGAAGCGAAAGAAGUAG